AUGACAAAUAAUAUAGGUGAAUUACUUGAAGAAUGGUAUGAAGAUGAGGGGCUAGAAGAUGUACAAAUCGACAUAUCAAUGCUAGAAAAUGAUGAUUAUCAAGGUGACAACACAAACAAUGAAGGAAUUCAUGGCAGUGCUACUGGUGCUCAUCAACAUGGUUUUGGAGUUAGGAAUUCGCGUCGCAAUUUGCAAAAACGUGCAUGUCCAUUUGUGUUAAAGAUUUAUGAAAUGCUUGCUGAUAUUCAGUUCAAUCCCUUGAUUUCUUGGAAUGGUAAUGGUACCAGCUUCAUUAUCCAUGAUUGUCAUAAAUUUGCUGCUAAAGUUCUCCCCCGCUUUUUCCGCCAUAACAAUAUCUCUAGCUUCGUCUGCCAACUCAACUGUUAUGGAUUCAGGAAAAUAAGUUGGGACAAAUUUGAGUUUCAGCAUGAAUGUUUCCAGAGAGGAAAAGGGCAGUGGUUGAAGAAUAUCAAGAGAAAGGGUAGUAAAAAGUCCGAGAUGAAUCAGCAGCCACAAGAGCAAGGCAUUGAUGAAACGCAGCUAGACAUACUAGAGAAAGAGAUGGAAGAUAAUACUAAGCAAGCUCGGAACCAUGUGUCAUCCAAGAAAGCCAAAAUUCUCAAGUAUUUGUUGGGCCCUUUGUUUGAGUGUAUAGGAGAGGUUGGUAGCAGUGAAGUUGCACAGGGACUCCAGGAGGAAGAGAAACAGGGUGAUGACAUAGAAGAUGGUGUUGAAAAUCGAGGCCAAAAAAGGAAAAAGCAAGUUGAAGAAGAAUUGCAGGGAAAGAAUGAAGGAAGCAAGAAGAUUGCAGCAGCAGGUGUUUCAGAUUUUAGAUCUGAUUCGGAUUUGAGGAAGAUGCUUAUGGAUGAGAUGGACAUGAACAAUUUGGCUCAAGAGCAACCUGAUAAUUUCCUGGAGUCGGAGGAACAGGCCGAAGGUCCAUCUUUUUGGAUUGAUUAUGUGGAAAAGCUAGAUCACAAGCCUAUCCUCUCUGGAGUUGGCCCUGCCGUCUCACAGUCACAGGAAAACCACAUUUCCAAGCUAUUUCAU